GGUUUGGAUUAGCAGCUAGCGAGAUGCCUGCGUUUGUCGCGUUUGUCUGAUUUCUCUUCACAUCAGUCUGCAGCACAGCAUGAACGACAGAGCAGAGGACGGAGGAGAGGGCUGGAUGGAGGACCAGUGGGAGAAAUGGUUGACCCAUGACAUAAGUCUAGAGGAGUUUGAAGAUGAGGAUUUGUCAGAAAUCACAGAGAUCAAAGACGAGCGAGGGCUCAGCCUCAACUGUAACGGCCUUGACAUCAAGGGUCACGUGAUGCGGCCGUCCAGUAGCGCCGCUCGGAGGGCGGAGCCAGGCGCGGCGGGGAGUGUCUGCUCAGAGACGCGUCCCUUAGAGAUGAUCAGAGGAGCAGAAGGAAAAACACACAGUGGUGACACACACGCCACGAGCUCCACACGCUCCAAGGACACGUACACCAUGGACACGUACCGACCCAAACGGCCCACCACCCUCAACCUGUUCCCACAGGCGCCCCGCACACAGGACACGUUAAACAACAACUCAUUUGGAAAGAAGUACAGCUGGCAGGAGAAAGUCUCACACUCCACCUCACCGCAAAAACCAGGCGUUGCGGCGGCUCGUGAGCACAUCUGUCUGAGUGACGAGGACAAAAUCAAAACCGAGACCAAAGACUGCGGCACUUCGACUGACACGCCCACCAAACGUCCAGCCCCUCCCAGACAGCCUGCUCCACCCGUAGCCCCGCCCACUAAAGCCAGUGCUUGUGGGCAGUCAGGGCACUGUGAGCGUGUUCGCUAUCACGCGGAUGUUCGUGUAGAAGCCACUGAGGAGAUCUACCUGACUCCUGUUAGACCAGGCCGCAUGUCAGUCAUCGGUGACGGUGAGGCCCCGCCUCCUUAUCAUCCCCCCUUUUAUGGAAAAGCGAACACGGGGAUUAUGCAGGAUGAAGAGGAGGAGCCUCCGCCGUCUUAUGCGUCCUGCGUGGCGGCCUCUGCAUCACUCGAUCUCAGGAGCAGGAGAAGAAGAAACAAUCGAGGACGUGCAGAGGUCAGGAGGAGAGGAGCCAAGGAACACGAAGAGGAGGAGGAGGAAGACGAAGAGGAAACUAGGAUUUCGUCGAAUGGACUCUCGUACGAUUCAGUUAAAUACACGCUUGUGGUGGACGAGGACGCGCAGCUGGAACUCGUGAGCCUGAAGGAGUGCUUUCACAGCUACAGCGAUGACAGCGACACGGCCACGGUGUACGACAACUGCGUCUCGUCACCGUACGGAGAGAACUUUGAGGACGAGGAAGUGGAUGUACCUGGAGUGUAUGGUGCCAGAGGAGCAAGAAUGGGCGGAGCCAAGCGGGAAGCGACUGCUUGUUUAUCAGAAGACUCCACGCCUGAGGCAGAUAUUCCGUUUUCUAGAAAGUUCCUCAACAUCUUUAUGAAUGGCCGAUCGCGCUCUUCCAGUUCGGAGUCGUUUGGAUUGUUUUCCUGCCUUGUUAACGGAGAGGAGAGAGAUCAGAGUCAUCGGGCCGUGUACAGGUUCAUCCCCCGUCAUGAGGACGAGUUGGAGAUGGAAGUGGACGAUCCUUUACUCAUAGAGGUUCAGGCUGAUGAUUUCUGGUACGAAGGCUACAACAUGCGGACCGGAGCCCGGGGGAUUUUCCCUGCGUACUACGCCGUGGAAGUGAGCAAGGAGCCGGAGCAGGUGAAAAAAGCAGUGAGCAGCGCAGACUGGAUGGAGACGUUUACCCUGAAAUUCCUCGGCUCUGUCCAGGUGCCCUACCACAAAGGGAACGAGGUCCUCUGUGCAGCCAUGCAGAAGGUUGCAAACAACAGAAGGCUGACUCUGCAUUAUAAUCCACCUUCGUCCUGUGUGUUGGAAAUCAACAUGAAAGGAGUGAAACUUGUAGUGCAGGACGAGUACGGAGUAUACGACAGAAGUAGUCAGGGCAGUCACUUCUUCCAGCUGAAGAACAUCUCGUUCUGUGGUUAUCACCCGAAAAACAACAAAUACUUUGGCUUCAUCACGAAACACCCUGCGGACCAGAGAUUCGCCUGCCAUGUGUUCGUGUCUGAAAACCCCACUAAGACCCUUGCGGAGGCUGUGGGGAAAGCGUUCCAGCUGUAUUAUAAAGAGUUUGUGGAGUUUUCCUGCCCUACAGAAGACAUCUAUCUGGAAUAAACUCACCGCCGCCGCUCAGAGAUCCGUGUACAGAUGUGCAGAGGGACAGAAACUCAGAGGAGAGAACGCAUCACUCACUUCAUGGAUUUUAUAACAACAGAAGAGAAGAAGAAGAGCUGAGUUUUGGUUUGGAAUUCAUAUCACUCACUCACAUGAGACUGAAACCUAACCCUGUCUUUAAGCCCCAGAGGUUUAGAAGAUCUCUGUGAUCACAGCAGACUAACCUCGGGAGUACAACACCUUGCUUUGUACCUCACUGCUAAUAAUGAUGCCAUAGACAUUUUGUCCAAGAAGAUCAUUAGUGAAGAAGUUUUUUUUCCCACUGCAAAAUAAACAACCAUGAAACUAAUAAUAGACUAUUUUAGGAAAUCAACCUGCUCUACACCAUCGUCCAGCUGUCUGGCCUCAAGCUUCAGAAUGUCGAAGGAUGACGACUGAUUGGUUCACAAGGCAGCGGUUAAGCAGCGGAGAAACUUGAUGUCUGAGUCGUUUCUGAAGCGUACAGUAAUCUACAGAAUCCUGGGGACUGAGUGGACGUCAGCGUUCAUCCCGAUGUCACGGCGAUCUGGAGACAAACACAAACUGAAUCAUUUUAGAGUGAAAAUCCUGAACGUGUGCAGUUUGACAUAAGGAAGUUCUGCACCGCGGGACAUAAGAACAGACUCGGUCCUCUCAGUAAGAGCGAGUGAUGCUGUCCUGGACUGGACACUCGCUCAUUUUCUACUUAAUUUAAUAAUUAAUUAUAAAUUUCUCCUUUUAUUCUGUUGUGGUCUGUUAACACAUAAAGCAAGUGCCAGUUUAAGCAGUGUGUAACAAACACACACACACACACACACACACACGUCCCUCAGGCUGCUUUGUCAAGGUGUUCAGUAGUUCGGAUGCACUUUCCUGCUGUUAUAUAGUACUGUGCAAAAGUCUUGACCCCCCCCCUCUCAUUUCUUCAUAUGAAAUGAAAUUAAUUGAUGUAGAUUAAAUAAAAGAAACAGGAAUAAAUGUUGCACUGUGACAGACAGGCUGCAAAGUGUCUAAAGACACAAUUUAUAAACUGAUUGUUUAUGUAACAACCUCAGCAGCGACCUCAUUUCCCCUCUCGUCUGUUCCAACCCCUCAGCAUUCAGCAUCAGCAGUUACUAAUCACCACCUGAUCAUCUCUCAUCAUCUGCACCUGUUUCUCACUAAGUCAGGACUUAACUUAGAUGAGUUUUAAGAUUAAGAGAUCUUUUUUAUUUGUUACAUGUACCUUGAAACGAUUUUCAAGUGAAAUAGAUUUUUCACACAGUUAGGAAGCUGUGGUCAGAGUGCAGGGUCAGCAAGGAUACGGCUGUGUGUGUGUGUGUGAUUGUUCCCUGCGAUGGACUCGCACCCUGUCCCUGUGUGUGUCCUGACUUGUACCCUGGGAGAGACUCCAGACGUCCCCUGACCGUCGACAGCAUCAGCGUCAUAGAGAACGAGAGAGAGAGUGUGAGAGUCGAACACAGGAAGAAGAAGAGAGCUGUUCAGAUUUCAUGCGUGUGUGUGUGUGUGUGUGUGUGUGUGUGUGUGUGUGUGUGUUUGAGAGAGAGAGUGAGAGAGAGACCCAGGGAGCUUACACAGAGCUAAACUGGUGCCUGUUUUAAGUUUUUUUUUAAUAAUAUUAAAUUAGAGCAGGAUGUUAAAUAAUAUAAUUAAUCAGAACUACUUUCUUAUGUGAAGGGAAUGGACACUGAGCUGAGAAGCACAUUUCACAGUAAGGGUCAUGAGUUUAUUUCCUAACAGUGCCUUUUUCAUGGUUGAGUUCUCGACCCCAGUGAAUGUGUGUUCAGGUUGCUGAUGGCGAGCCGUGCCGCGUCAGACCAGAGUGUUUCGGGACGGGUCUAAAUCCUGUCUCUGAUGUUACAAGGGCUAAGAGAUUAUAUCAGAGUGACGUCACGAUGCUAACAGCGUCAUUUCCGUUAUCUCUCGCAGAAGCGUAUCCUUCUGUAAACUUUUUCUCACCAGGAAGAGAAGUGUUUCCUUUCGUUUUUAACCAUGCUUCAUGAAAUCCCUCCGAACCUGUAGGAGCUACAGUCUCCUGAACUCAGUGUAAGAAGUCAUUUUGUAAAUUGUGAAUAUACUUUGUGAAAAGUAAACUCUAUUCUGGAAUUAAACAAA